AUGAUCAAAACUGUCUUGAUUGAUUCAGAGGAAUGUCCACCUGACAAAAUCUUCAAAGAUAUUUUAAAAAUCAUUCCAUAUAAUAACCGCUAUAUGAAAUCAUAUUUGAAACUGGCGAAGCUAAUAGUUGAUUAUCAUCAUAUACUCAAUAAGUUAGAUUUCCCAGAGUUUCUUAGUUACCUAUUUUAUAAAGAAUAUGGAAUUAAGUUAGGGAAGGAUAAAGAGUUCCAAAUAAAAAUAACUAAUGAUUUCGAUGUACAUUCAUCAAAUACAAUUUACAGAGCAAUUAUGGAUAACGAUCUAAAAAGAUUCAUAUAUUUCACGGAAAUGGAUGGAUUUGAUCAAGAUCAAAGUCUUGAUAACGAAAUAUAUCCAGAUUGUUUCUUUGGAUAUUCAUUACUUGAAUUAUGUUGUUACCAUGGAGCAGUUGAUUGCUUCAAAUUUUUAAGAACGAAAUUUAAAUCAAAAAUCACUCAAAAAUGUCUAGAGUUUUCAUUUUUAGGAAGAAAUGCAGAAAUCUUAAGUGAAUGUUUGAAAUGUCGAAAACCAGAUGAUGGAUGCAUGGACUUCGCACUUAUUUCGCACGACAUUUAUCUUGUUUCUUUCUUGAUGAAUGAAUAUCAUAUAAAGAUCGAUUUACAAAAAUGUGGAUGUUAUAAUAAUCUUGAAGCAUUUAUAGUUUAUAUGGAUCAAACUAAAGAUUUUGACAUAUGCUUUGUUUAUUCACCCAUAUUUGAAAUUCCAUCGCUUUGCAAAUAUUUACUUUCAUUUGGUGCAAACAUCAAUGCAAAAGAUAUUGUUGAACAUACGGCGCUUCAUAUUGCAUCACUUUAUAAUUGUAGGUUAACAUCCAAGUUUCUAAUUUCACAUGGUGCAAUUCUCAAUCAUAGAGAUUUUUAUGGACAUACUCCUUUGCAUUUUGCAGCUUUAAAUAAUUAUAAAGAAUGCACCAAAUUACUACUUUCAAAUGGUGCAAUUUGCAAUAAAUCUGAUGAGACUCUAAUCUCUGUAUUAAAAAGGAUGUUUCACGUAAAGAAGUAUGAUAUGAUAUAUGAUAAAUUUAAUCCUAAGUACGAUAUGAUAUUUCCCAAUUUAUUGUCUCCAUCCACAGAAAAAUUGUGA